CUCGUGCAAGAAGUGGACUUUUGUUUAUUGGGUCAUCCGGGACUAGACGCGAUGCCAUCCAUCCGCGUGCGGACGCUCCCAUCUCCCUGAGGACGCAUCCAUGGCUGCUCCGGACGCAAACCUCCACCUACUGGCCUCCCUGCUCAGAAUACUCGUUGUGACCAAGUUCAUCCGGAUUGGAAUCGCCGACAAAAAUGAUAAUCCGCCCUACUUCGACAAGGCCCUCUACGAGGCGGAAGUGGACGAGAAUGAAGACAUCCAACACACCGUCCUCACCGUCACCGCCAAAGAUCACGAUGAAUCCUCCCGUAUUCGAUACGAGAUCACAAGCGGUAACAUAGGUGGGGCGUUCGCCGUCAAGAACAUGACUGGAGCUAUCUAUGUAGCCGGAGCGUUGGAUUACGAGACCAGAAAACGGUAUGAGCUGCGACUUGCCGCGUCCGAUAACCUCAAAGAGAACUACACGACGGUGGUGAUCCACGUCAAGGACGUUAACGACAAUCCGCCCGUGUUCGAGCGACCGACCUACAGGACGCAGAUAACGGAGGAGGACGACAGGAAUUUGCCCAAGAGCGUGCUAAGGGUGACCGCAACCGACGGCGACAAAGAUCGGCCCCAGAACAUCGUGUAUUUCCUGACAGGCCAGGGCAUCGAUCCGGACAAUCCAGACAACAGCAAAUUCGACAUAAACAGGACCACGGGGGAGAUAUUCGUGCUCAAGCCCUUGGACCGCGACCAGCCCAACGGCCGCCCCCAAUGGCGCUUCACGGUGUUCGCCCAAGACGAAGGCGGCGAGGGUCUGGUGGGCUACGCCGACGUGCAGGUCAACCUCAAGGAUAUUAACGACAACGCGCCCAUCUUCCCUCAGGGCGUGUACUUCGGUAACGUGACCGAGAACGGGACGGCCGGCAUGGUGGUCAUGACCAUGACCGCCGUCGACUACGACGACCCUUCGGAGGGGACGAACGCGCGUUUAGUGUACUCCAUCGAGAAGAACGUGAUCGAGGAGGAAACGGGCUCGCCCAUAUUCGAAAUCGAAUCUGAAACGGGCGUCAUCAAGACGGCGGUGUGCUGUUUAGACCGCGAACGGACUCCCGAUUACUCGAUCCAAGUGGUGGCGAUGGACGGCGGCGGCUUGAAAGGGACUGGCACCGCCUCCAUACGCGUGAAAGACAUAAACGACAUGCCGCCGCAGUUCACCAAAGACGAGUGGUUGACGGAGGUGGACGAGACGGACGGCACCACGCUGCCCGAGAUGCCGAUCCUGACGGUGACGGUGCACGACGAGGACGAGACCAACAAGUUCCAGUACAAGGUGCUGGAGAACAGCGGCUACGGGGCGGACAAGUUCACCAUGGUGCGCAACAACGACGGGACAGGGAGCUUGAAGAUCGUGCAGCCGCUGGACUACGAAGACUUGCUGCAGAGCAACGGAUUCCGCUUCAGGAUCCAGGUGAACGACAAGGGUGAAGAUAACGAUAACGACAAGUACCACGUGGCCAACUCGUGGGUGGUGGUGAAGUUGCGCGACAUCAACGACAACAAGCCGCAGUUCGAGCGACCCAACAUCGAGGUUUCCGUUUACGAAAACGCGGAGGUGGGGAAGAGUCUGGAGACAUUUCAGGCCACCGAUCCGGAUCAAGGCGGUAAAAGCAAAGUCUCGUACGCGAUCGACAGGGUUUCGGACCGGAAACGCCAAUUCUCGAUCAAUCAAGAGGGAACUGUGAGUAUACAGAGGUCUCUGGACCGUGAAGACACACCCAGGCACCAGGUCAAGAUCCUGGCUAUCGAUGACGGGAUUCCGCCGAAAACCGCCACGGCCACGCUCACCGUGAUCGUGCAGGAUAUCAACGACAACGCCCCCACGUUCCUGAGGGACUACAGGCCGGUGUUGCCGGAGCACGUGCCGCCAAGGAAGGUCGUGGAAAUCCUGGCUACCGAUGAUGACGACAGGUCGAAGAGCAACGGGCCGCCGUUCCAGUUCCGGUUGGACCCCGGCGCGGACGACAUCAUCAGGGCGUCGUUCAAGGUCGAGCAGGAUCAAAAGGGUGCGAACGGAGACGGCAUGGCCAUCGUGUCGUCGUUGCGCUCGUUCGACCGGGAGCAGCAAAAGGAGUACCUCAUCCCCAUCGUGAUCAAGGACCACGGCAAUCCCGCCAUGAGCGGCACCAGCACCUUGACCGUCGUCAUCGGCGACGUCAACGACAACAAAAUGCAGCCCGGUUCGAAGGAAAUCUUCGUCUACAACUACCAGGGACAAGCGCCUGAGACCGAAAUCGGGCGCGUCUAUGUGUACGACUUGGACGACUGGGACUUGCCUGACAAGAAGUUCUACUGGGAGACCACCGAACACCCCAGGUUCAAGCUCAACGAGGACACGGGGAUGAUCUCCAUGAAGCACGGCACCCGCGACGGCAAGUAUCACCUCAGGUUCAAGGUCUACGACAGGAAGCACACCCAGACGGACGUACCGGCUAACGUCACCGUCACCGUCAAGGAGAUCCCGCACGAGGCCGUGGUCAACUCCGGGUCGGUGCGUAUCGCCGGCAUCACCGACGAGGACUUCAUCCGGAUCUGGGACUACAAGACGCAGAGUCUGUCCAGGAGCAAGGCGGACAAGUUCAAGGACAAGAUCGCGGAUCUCCUGAACACGGACAGGGACAACGUGGACGUGUUCAGCGUGCAGCUGCGGCGGAAGCACCCGCCGUUGACGGACGUGCGGUUCUCGGCCCACGGCUCGCCGUACUACAAGCCGGUGCGGCUGAACGGGAUCGUGCUGAUGCACCGAGAGGACAUCGAGAAGGACGUGGGGAUCAACAUAACCAUGGUGGGAAUCGACGAGUGCCUGUACGAGAACCAGAUGUGCGAAGGCUCCUGUACGAACACUCUUGACAUAAGUGCCUUGCCCUACAUGGUGAAUGCCAACAAGACGUCGUUAGUGGGUGUCCGGGUUGACGUCCUCGCUGAGUGUACCUGCGGCGCGCGGAACUUCUCCAAGGAGGAGAACUGCCGCAACACGCCGUGCUACAACGGCGGUCGAUGCAUCGAAACGCGCUACUCGCUCUCGUGCUCGUGUCCGGCGGGCUACAACGGGCCCAGGUGCCAGCAAACCUCGCGUAGUUUCAGAGGGAACGGCUGGGCGUGGUACCCGGCUCUGGAGAUGUGCGACAAGUCGCAUCUUCAUUUCGAAUUCGCGACGCGCAAAGCCGACGGGUUGCUCUUGUACAACGGACCCAUCGUCCCUCCCGAGUCCGACGAAGUCAUGGUGUCCGACUACAUCGCCGUGGAGCUCGAACGCGGCUACCCUCGCCUGCUGCUCGACUUCGGCUCGGGGACCCUCGAGCUGCGCGUCAAGACCAAGAAGACUCUCGACGACGGGGAGUGGCACCGGAUCGACGUCUUCUGGGACAGCGAGAACGUGCGCAUGGUAGUCGACUAUUGCAAAUCCGCAGACAUCGCGGAGUUGGAAGACGGGACGCCGCCCGAAUUCGACGACAGCACUUGUCAGGCUCAGGGCACGAUUCCUCCGUUCAACGAAUACCUAAACGUGAACGCCCCGCUCCAGUUGGGCGGGUUGUACGUGGAGCAGUUCGAUCCCACGCACUACCACUGGCAGUAUAUGCCCGUGGGGAAAGCUUUCGACGGCUGCAUCCGCAAUUUGUUCCAUAAUUCCAAGUUGUACGAUUUGGCCCAUCCGGGACUGUCGAGGAACAGCGUUGCGGGCUGCCCGCAAACCGAGGAGAUGUGCGGUAGGUCGGACGCCACGUCCAGAUGUUGGGAACACGGAACGUGCGUGGGAAGCUUCAACGAGGCGAAGUGUCAGUGCAAGCCGGGAUGGACGGGACCGGCGUGCACGAUAGCCACGAUACCGACGUCCUUCAAACCACAGUCGUACGUCAAAUACGCGCUGAGUUUCGAGCCGGACCGAUUCUCCACGCAGAUACAACUGAGAUUUAGGACCCGCGAAGAGCACGGGGAGUUGUUCAGAGUGUCGGAUCAGCACAACCGGGAGUACGGAAUCCUGGAAAUCAAGGACUCGAGGCUGUACUUCAGGUACAACCUCAACUCCUUGAGGACCGAAGAGAAAGACAUUUGGCUUAGCGCGGUCACCGUGGACGACGGUCAGUGGCACGUCGCUCGGGUAAGUCGCUACGGAUCCGCCGCCACCCUGGAACUCGACGGCGGCGAAGGCCGGCGCUACAACGAGACCUUCGACUUCGUCGGCCACCAGUGGCUCCUAGUUGAUAAACAAGAGGGGGUGUAUGCCGGCGGAAAAGCCGAAUACACGGGAGUGCGAACCUUCGAAGUAUACGCCGACUAUCAGAAAGGUUGCUUGGACGAUAUCCGAUUGGAAGGUAAGCACCUGCCGCUACCGCCUGCGAUGAACGGCACCCAAUGGGGUCAAGCCACCAUGGCCAGGAACCUCGAACGCAAUUGCCCGUCGAACAAACCCUGCGCCAACGUGAUUUGUCCCCAACCCUUCGAAUGCGUAGAUCUGUGGAACGAUUACGAGUGCACCUGCGGGGAGGGUCGUGUUAUGUCUCCCGACAGUAAGGACUGCAUGGACAAAGAUGAAUGCGUGGAUUUACCGUGUUUGAACGGUGGUACCUGCUUCAAUUUGGAACCGCGGCUGAGGUACCGCUGUCACUGUCCUGACGGUUUCUGGGGCGAAAACUGCGAGCUCAUUCAGGAGGGACAGACCCUUAAACUCAGCAUGGGAGCACUCGCAGCUAUCCUAGUCUGCUUGCUCAUCAUUCUCAUCCUAGUUUUGGUAUUUGUGGUGUACAACCGGCGGCGAGAGGCGCACAUCAAGUAUCCGGGGCCGGACGACGACGUCCGCGAAAACAUCAUCAAUUACGAUGAUGAAGGAGGUGGCGAGGACGAUAUGACUGCUUUCGACAUCACCCCGCUCCAGAUCCCCAUCGGCGGACCUCUUCCCGAAUUAGCCCCGCCCAAACUCGGAUGUAAGUCGAGAGCUCGCGAGCUCGAAAAGCAAAAAUCAACCGUUUUCUUGUGUGCAGUUUCGAUGAUCGGCGUCGGGCAAGAACCCAACGUUGGAGUUUUUAUAGAGGAACACAAGAAGCGCGCCGACAGCGAUCCCAACGCUCCCCCGUUCGACGAUCUCAGGAACUACGCGUACGAGGGAGGCGGCAGCACGGCCGGAUCGCUCAGCUCACUCGCCUCAGGUACCGACGACGAGGCUCAAGAAUACGACUACUUGGGCGCUUGGGGUCCCCGCUUCGACAAACUAGCAGACAUGUACGGUCCAGGAGAAGAGACUGAGCAAGAGGAAGAAUAAGUGUCGAGUCGUAAUUAGUGAAAAACACAUUCCUUCGACGUCUAAAGCUUCUCACGUGUCCUGCGUGUUUAAUAAGACUGUCGCAGUUCUGCUGCAUCAUAUAAAUAAUUGUAGAGAAUUUAUACGGGCGCUGUCGGCGAGACCUUCCGGGGCAACUGGCGCAAUUCGGGGCACUUCGAUCGAACUGGGCCUAAUAAUAUUUACUUGUUUGUGACCACUGCCACAAUUCUUUGCAUGUACCACUUUCGGUUGAGUUCUUUUUUUCCUCUUCGGGACGUCUCGGUGGCAGUGCCGUAAUGUUGCAUAUGUUUUAUUUGUAAAGCACAUAAAUACCAUUGUCAUGUAUCGUUGAGCCAGUAUUCCUACGAACAAUGUACGUGUAGGCAGUCACUACAUUUUAGGUCAAAUUACAGGUUUAGUCUAGUUAACACUGUGCGAAUGGAGAGCGACGGAGUGGAAGAUACGCGUGGACUGUGUAUAUAGGAGCAUCACAGAACACAUCGUUUUGAUAUAGCACCUUGCGUAACAUGUUGCCAUAUUACAGGACAUUUUUGAUAAUUUUUCAGCUCACUAGGGUUCUUGUGUUGUAGUUAUGUAUAUAGGAGUCACGUGGACGACUGAUUCGUGUGCAUGUUUCGAGAGCCAGUGCCAAUUAUUAUAACUUAUAAAUGUAAUAAAUCUUGAAUGCUGUGUAAUAAUUAUGAUAUUAUGUGUUUGCACUUGUGUAUUGUUUCAAAUAUGUAUACUUAAUAUUCUUAUGACAUCGCACCAUAUAACAACACUCGGCGAUUCGUUUCCUCAUCAUUAGCCCAUCCUGAUUCACGUUCGUUUUUGUUCUAGUGGUAAUUUUGAGUGCAUUCUAGUGAUUCUUGUUUUAUGAGUUCUUUGUCAUAAGGAAUUCGUAGAAAGAUUUAUGUACCUUUUUUGUACAAGAAAUUUAUUUAAAAUUUUAUUUAAAAUAAACUUCUAGAGAUUUA